UGACUUUUUUCUUUUUGGCAUUUGAUCAAAAGUUUACCUAUUUCCUGAUGAAACUAAAGGUCGUUCGUAAUUUCCAUUCCUACACAAUUACUAUGAGAAUCUUACAUAAGUGCCGUUACUCAUUGCACUACAAAAAAGUAAUUUAACCAAUUAAAAAUGGGAGUGUUUAGUAAAUUGAAGACUGUGUUUAAAAAGUACCCACUGCUUCGUGGGAUGGCAUCGUACAGCGUAAUUUGGCCAGCUUCUAGCCUUAUCCAACAGACAUUUGAAGGGAAAUCUUUUGACAACUAUGAUUGGUGGAGAAGUGCCAGAUAUGGUCUUUAUGGAUCUUGCUAUGUUGCUCCUACUUUAUACAGUUGGUUGACUAUAGCCAAUAUUAUGUGGCCAGGGAACUCUAUAAAGGCUGGUAUAAUUAAGACAUUUGUAGAAACAUUAACAUAUACUCCAUUUGCAAUGUGCAGCUUUUACUUUGGUAUGAGUAUGCUUGAAAUGAAACCCUUCUGUGAAGCUGUUGCUGAAGUUAAUGCUAAGUUUUGGCCCACAUAUAAAAUUGGUGCUUCUGUGUGGCCAGCGGUUGCUAUGAUUAAUUUUUGCCUCAUUCCCCCACGUAAUAGGGUUCCUUUCAUCAGUAUGUGUAGUCUUAUUUGGACAAGUUUCUUAGCAUAUAUGAAACACCUUGAUAAGGAAAAUGUAGCUGCAAAAAAAGGGCAGAGCCCAGUGCAACUUUUGAAGAUGAAAGUAUAAAGGUGAUUAUAAAAAGCACAGCAUUGUGAUGUUCAUAAUUAGAUCUGUUGUUAUGUAUAAUAAAAAAUACAUAUUUACGGUUUAAUUAUGUCCACAUCUUCACUACUUAGUGCUUUUGUCAUUAGUGCAAUUUAAUUUAAUAUUAAGACUAGAAAAUUCUUCUUUUUAGUGAUUUUUGUGCAAUUAUUUAUUUAGAAACAAGCCAUGUGAUACAUAAAUUAUUUAUAAGUAAGACAUUCUGCAGAGCAGAGAUUUGAUGCUAUAUUUUUUUGCUUUGAGCAGUUAGAAGAAUAUUAUUAUUAUAUUUUUUAAAUAAAAGCAAUUCUUUUACCUGUUUAAUAAAUGUAAACGGUUAUUGAAUGAAUUGUUUGCUAGUACAAAUAUUAAGAAAAUUAUUAUCUCAGUAUUAGAAGUAUUACAGUUGUAAUUUAUUAUAUUUAUUAUUUUAAUAUUGAUUGAUAUUGAUAUCAACAAUGACUAUUUCUGCACUUGCUUAUUCAAUUAUUUUAUUUUAUAAUUUGAAAAUGGGACUAGAUUUUGAAUCUCCUUUUUUAAACAUGCUUUAGGGUCUAUAAAACAUGUGAUGGUCCUGAAAGUAUUAAUAAUUUCUUAUUUUACAACAAUACAUCAUCCUUCUUUUGGAUGCAGUCUCAAAUAAUUUAGAUCUUAUAAUUAAUAUGUGUAGUCUAUAUUGAUAGAAAUGUAUUAUUGUUAUUAUUUAAAGACCACAGGGUCUAGACCAGUAUUACUUUCCUCUAUGGUCUAGACAAAGUAACUCAAUAGUUUCGCUUCACGAAGCGAAUUAACAGGGGCACCUCUAGACAUGUUACAAACGUGACGGCUGUAAUGCCGAAAUCACUUUGAUCCGGCGUUUUUUUUAUGUUUACUUCUCUCCGUUUUUUAACUUUUCUAGGGAGGUGAUUAAAUGUAUGAUAAAGUCGUGGAAACAGGUAGUUUACAAUGCAGAAAGUAUCCGAAUUUAUACAAAUGUACAUAAAUUUUUGUAUGUAUGUAUGUCGAAACUGUAUCAUAUCAAAAUUGGGGUUGAUUUUGCAGCUUACACUUUUAUCAGUUACACAAAAUAUCCUUAUUGUGAUGAGCCUGUAAUAUCUGUUGUUAUCAAGCUUAGUAAAAAGGCGUUAAAUGAUUGCUGUGGCUUUGAAUAUCUGAAUCUACCCCAAAAUAAUGAGCUUUUAUUACAAACAUGUUGUGAAAGUAUCUUUUGAAUUAAAUAAAAUGUUAACAGACA